AUGCCAUGCCAACCUUCCAGCACGGUUCGGGAGGCCAUGGUGAGAAUCGUCUUCUCCAACGACAACAGCAACAAGGGUUUCAGCAGCAGCACGGGGCACACGUGGCCACACCCGGUCGCCCCGGCGUCAGCGAUGGUGGCCAUGGAUGGAGAAGAGGCUUACCAUGGCGGGGGGCAGGGGGACAUGUCGAUCGUUUCGACGGCACGCUCGCCGGUGUUGUCGAUGAAGCAGUGGGAGCAGCAGCAGCAGUUGUCACCGAGCGACCCGUCGACCUCCAUGUUCUGGUGUGCUGUGGCGCUCGGUGCCUUGACGCAGGGCCGACCCGUCCGAUCGGUGGGUUGCCAUGAGAUGGACCGGGGGGUCACGCAGAAUGCUCAAACUCCCGCCCCCCCCUCUCCGGCAAUGUGA